CAUUGCAUUCCAUCAAUUCACAAGUUGGGAUGGUGGUAAUAUGCAACUUGCAAGUGUAGAUUGCAGUAUCUGACUUAUCUUCAAUUUGCGUUUGGGACGGAGUUACUAGUGGCUGCUUAACCUCAUCUUCUGCCAUCUACUUGGUGAGCUCUCGCUUGCAGAAAAGAUUCAAGGGAUCUACAAACUCUUGAAGUAGUUAGCAAAAAUAUAUACUAUAACCGAUGGAGAUCCCUGCUAAGAGUGGUGCAGAAUAUUCACGAUCUGUUUUUGAAGCAAUUGAGAAAACAAGACUUUCAAUUGUGAUUUUGUCUGAAAACUAUGCAGAGUCUCCGUGGUGUCAAUAUUCUUGACUAUAAGAAGAAAUUUGAUCAGCGGGUUUUGCCAAUAUUUUAUAGAGUAAACCCCACAGAUGUAAAGUAUCAGAAAAAUAAUUGUGCUUUUGCCAUGGAACGACUGGAAUCAAGAUAUGGAAAAAACUCUCCGGAGGUAAAGAAAUGGAGAUCUGCUUUGCAUCAAAUUUCUGAAUUAAAAAAUGGGAAGUGUUACACGGCAGACAGGAAUCAACGUGAAUUCAUUCAAGAGAUUGUAGAAAUAGCCCAUGAGCACAUAGGUUUCUUGUCCACCACAAGAUCUGCAAAGUCUUCAUGCCAACUCUCCACUACCAGCUAUGGAAUUACAAGUUUACGGUCCUUCCCUACUGGAACUGGAAACGAGUAUUAUUACUAUUUCGACUCUAUAAAAGAGGCUUCAAGAAAACUUCUGGAUGCAUUGCAAGAUGAUACUUGCUAUACUAUCGGAGUAUGUGGAAGGAGGGGCUCUGGUAAAACAUCAUUAGUGAAAGCUGAAAUAAGCAGCUACGGAAAGAUUUUUGAUAGAGUUAUAUUUCCCAAUGUCUCUAAAAAUCAAGAUAUCAGGAGCAUUCAAGAUGCAAUUGCUAAUUCAUUGAAUGUGUAUUUUGAAAAAAAUGACAGAGAUGCUGUAAGAAUAAUGAAAAUGUUUUCGAAAAUAGAAAGGAUGGAUGGAACAACUCUUGUCAUCUUGGAUGAUUUUCCAAGGGAGUAUACACCUCAGGAGCUAGGUAUUCCUUAUAAUAACAAGCACUGUAAGGUCAUUUUGACCACACGUGAUGAAUUAGACUGCCCCGCUAUGGGGUGCAACCACUCAAUUCUUCUGAAACCCUUGUCUAAUGAUGAAGCUUGGACGUUGCUACAACAUCUUUCAGGUGUUAACUCGCAACUUGAUCUGCUUGAUGUGGCGCGAAAUGUUGCUUUCAAAUGUAAUGGUUUGCCUGGUUUGAUUAAAGAUGUGUCGUCUUCCUUAAAAAAGAAGCUCAAUAUUGACCAGUGGAAUGAAUCAUUAAUCAGUUUAAGCCACUCAACCGCUCGUUAUCAGAUUUUUAUCAGUUUUAGAGGGGAGACUCGUCAUGUUUUUACAAAGCAUCUCUAUGAUGCUUUGUGCCAGGAGGGAUUCAAGACAUUCAUGGAUGACAAAUCACUCGAGGGUGGUGUUCCAAUUGAGAAACUUCUUGAUGACAUUGAAGAAUCAAGGUUUUCAAUCGUUAUUUUAUCUCCAAACUUUGCAGACUCUGAAUGGUGUCUUAGAGAACUUGUUCAAAUUCUUGACUGUAAAGAUAAGGAGGAGAAGAAGCAAUUAGUUUUGCCAAUAUUUUAUGAUGUGGAACCUGGACAUGUAAAGUAUUUGCAAAAUAGUUAUGGAGAAGCCAUGGAAAAACAUGAAAAGAAGUUUGAACAACAUCCUGAGAUAUUACAGAAGUGGAAGAAUGCUUUGCGUGAUAUCUGUAAGCUGACCGGAUUCAAAAAACCUGACGACUGGGCCAGAGAUGAAUUUAUAAAAAGGAUAUUAAGAUUUUCUUGUGAAAAUAGACAUCGCCUGCAUAUACAAUCUAUGUAUAUGAACUAGAAAGACUUCAGGCAGGCAGGACAAGCAAGCUCGUGUGCAAUGUGUAAAGAGGCUGAGGAGAGCACCAACCACUUGCGUUUUAAUUGCAAAUUUGCAUGGAUAGUUUGGAUGAAAAGCUAUAGUUGGCUAGGAAUCCAAAUUGUCUUGCCCCAACAUUGCAGCAGUCACUUUAAACAACAGUGGCGAGAGGGGAACAUUAGCAAACAAUUGAAUUGGUGGGUAAUGUGGUGCACUUGCAUAUUGUCCAUUUGGCUAGCCAGGAAUGAGGUAGCUUUUAAGUCAGCGGAGGCGGAUGUGGAUAAGGUAGUUGAUUCAAUUCAGUUCAGAUCCUGUAAAUGGAUUCGAUAUAAAGUGAAGGGUUUCUUGUACUCCUUCUAUGAAUGGUAUAUGAACCCCGUCUUAUGCCUGAAAGGGACCAUUUAACACCACUUGGAAUGGGCUCAGGAUGUUGCAGGGGGAGCAGCUCGGAACCAGGAUCUUCUGCAGAUUGCAAAAGAAAAUGAAAGAGAACUAGAAGUUUAAUCCAGAAGAGUUUGGCUACAUAUUCUGGAUCAGUUGAAGGGCAUUGGAAACACAAUGAAACUAUGUUACAAGGAAAUGCUGUGAUGUCAAGGACCUCCUUAAAUGCUAGAAGAACCUUGUAUUCGAGAUUCUGGUGGGUGAUUGCAAUUGUCAUUGGAACUUUGUGAAGGCUGGUCCACAUGUGCUUUUGAACGAGACAAUUAACUCGGUGGAGAAAAUAAUGCUGUUUCUGCUAUGCUGUUUGGGGAAAAGGUCUGAUGUAGAUAGUUGAUGUAUAAUAGGAUCAAAAGAGAGAAAAGGUAGAGGGGAAGGGGAUUUAUUGAAUUGGUCUUUAGCUAUGUUGCUGUCAUUUAUGUUUUGCUCUUUUAUUUUCCUGUUUUCUGCAACUGUUGCUUCUUGGCUUUGAGUUAGCUAAGUACCUUGGUUGCUUUUUAUGCUUUUCCAAUUUGUAUUUGGGUUUAGCACCCCUUGUGCUUCCUUAUAUGAAUUGUUUGCCUUCCAAAAAAAAUACUAGAAAGACUUCAGCA